UUCCCUACACUUUAUCAUCCUAAGUUUCGUAUUCGAUACUCAAAGACCAGAGUCCUUUGGAGAGGUGAAAACCAAAUUCUCCUCCUAAAUCACAUCAUUCAAUUUAUCAUACUGUUAUCAAUCCAAAUGGGGACCUACUUUUGGAUUUCGUUUUUCACAACUCUCAUCCAAUUAAUGGCUACUGUAAAACCCCAGCAGCUAAUCGAGUCGCAAUUGAAUCUCCCUAGCUGUCCUGGACCCGACCCGACACUUAACUACCGGCCGGUCAUCGGAAUUGUUAGUCAUCCCGGCGACGGCGCUUCGGGGCGGCUCAAUAACGGCACUGAUGUCUCCUACAUCGCAGCUUCUUACGUCAAGUUUGCUGAAAUGGCUGGUGCUAGAGUUAUUCCUCUUAUUUAUACUGAGCCUCCUGAAAUUCUCAAUCAAAAACUUAAUCUAGUCAAUGGCGUUAUCUUCACUGGAGGACGGGUCAAGGAUGGUCUCUACUUUGAGGUUGUCAAAGGAAUAUUCCAGAAAGUCUUGGAGAAGAAUGAUGCGGGUGAGCAUUUCCCUCUUCUUGCCAUCUGCUUGGGUUUUGAACUUUUAACAAUGAUCAUCUCCAAGGACAAUAACAUUCUUGAGGAAUUCAGUGCAGCAAAUCAAGCCUCUACAGUACAAUUCAUGGAAAAUAUAAAAUUGGAAAGAACAGUUUUUGGAAGGUUCCCCCCUGUGUUGAUAAAGAAGAUGAGUACAGAUUGCCUUGUGAUGCAAAAUCAUCAUUUUGGCAUAUCACCAGAAAGGCUUCAAGCAAAUAAAGAUUUAUGUAGUUUUUUCAGGAUAUUGACAACUAGUACAGAUAAAAAGAACAAGGUCUAUGUCUCCACUGCUCAAGCACGACGCUAUCCCGUAACUGCUCUCCAGUGGCACCCUGAGAAAAAUGUUUUUGAAUGGCGCUCAUCACAGAUUCCACAUACCGAGGAU